AUGACGAUGCUUCGAGGGGCAUUUUCGGCAUGCAACCUCACCGCCAUUGAUUCUCACCCGCAACUUCAAUGCCGAUCUCCCAAUCUCAAUUUCACUAACUCGCGCGCCGCCGUUGGCCGCCGGAGCGUGGUUGUUUCCUGCUAUGCUCCGAUGAAUGGUCCGGCGCUGGCGGUCGCCACCGAGGAGCGGAAGAGCCAGCAGCAGGUGCCGGUGGCGUUUGAGCCGAGCCUCGCGGACCGGCUCCGCCUCGGGAGCUUGACGGAGGACGGCUUGUCUUACAAGGAGAAGUUCAUUGUUCGGUGCUAUGAGGUUGGGAUUAACAAAACCGCCACUGUUGAAACCAUCGCUAAUCUAUUGCAGGAGGUUGGAUGCAACCAUGCUCAGAGUGUUGGGUUUUCAACAGAUGGUUUUGCAACCACACAUACCAUGAGAAAACUGCAUCUGAUAUGGGUCACUGCACGAAUGCAUAUUGAGAUCUAUAAAUACCCUGCUUGGAGUGAUGUAAUUGAGAUAGAGACUUGGUGCCAGAAUGAGGGAAGAAUUGGGACUAGACGGGAUUGGAUUCUGAAGGACUAUGCAAAUGGUGAAGUCAUUGGAAGGGCUACCAGCAAGUGGGUGAUGAUGAACGAGGACACUAGACGGCUUCAGAAAGUCACUGAUGAUGUGCGCAAUGAAUAUGUAAUUUACUGCCCCAAAACACUAAGGUUAGCUUUCCCUGAGGCAAACAAUGGCAGUCUAAAGAAGAUAGCUAAGCUGGAGGAUCCAUCUGAGUAUUCCCGACUGGGACUGGUGGUAAGUAGUAUCAGUUUGAAAAUAAAAACGUCCCGGUAAACUUCCAUUCUCAGAUACUUACAUAUUUAGUGAUUUUGGCAGCCAAGAAGAGCCGAUUUGGAUAUGAACCGACAUGUAAAUAAUGUCACCUACAUUGGAUGGGUCCUUGAGAGCGUGCCUCAAGAAAUCAUGGACACACACGAG